AUGAUCCAAGAUAAUGUCCUGUUAGCACAUGAAGUUUUUCAUUCCUUUAAAAAUAAGAAAGGAACUUCAGGAUGGUUAGCCAUUAAACUCGAUAUGGAAAAAGCCUAUGAUAGGUUAGAGUGGAAUUAUAUAUUCACCACUCUAGAGAAACUCGGUUUCUGUGAUCGCUGGAUAGAAUGGUUGAGACAGUGUAUAUCAACGGUCUCAUUUUCGGUCCUGGUUAAUGGUAUCCCAGGUGAAACUUUUGUACCUCAAAGAGGAAUUCGUCAAGGUGACCCUUUGUCUCCAUAUAUUUUCAUCUUGUGUGCGGAAAUGUUGGCUAGGCAGUUGCAGAAUGCUAGUUUGGCUGGAACAAGAUCGUUAGGAGUUACGUUAGGACAUUCAAGAGUUAAAAUUCCUUUUCUAACUUUUGCUGAUGAUACUAUGAUUUUCGCUAAAGCGUCGGAGGAAAGCUGUUAUACAUAA